CAAAGGGAUCUUGCGAGUGAGAUGUCGUUUCGUAAUGCGCUUCCUUGGCGACUCCAUAAACAAUACCCAACACAAAGGAACAACACUAAGAUAUGAAAUCUGUGAAUGGUCACCAUUCGCGGCGGCGCGCCACUGAACGUUAUCUUAUCGAGCCUGCAGCUCCAAAGUUAGAGAUGGCUCAGUGACUUCACUACAGUAACAUUCCAGCAGAUGGCUAUGUGACGGACUGGCCUGCGGACGUAGGCGAGGAGUGCCAGUCAGUUUUUUUUUUUUUUUACAACUACCGAUCAAAGUCCGCAUGUGGCCCUCAAACGGCCGUCAGUCCACCGGGAGCGCUCGGGGCUGCGUGGCGGGUCCUUCGCGCACUGUGCGUCCGCCGCCCCCGUACCUGAGACUAUGAAGACCUGACCUCGUCCGACCGCGGACCCGUUGCACCCGCAGACGGCAUGGAGGACCUUCCCGAUCACUUCCGAGAGCAGCGGCGGGCUUCUGGACCCCGCGCGGACGUCUUUCCUUCAGAGGGGGCAUCGACGUCUCAGGAGCCCAGGAGGGAGGCGGACGAGAGGCCCGAGUCGGGCGAGGGCUGUCCCGUGUGCGGGGACAAAAUAUCGGGGUACCACUACGGCCUGCUCACCUGCGAGGGCUGCAAGGGCUUCUUCAAACGCUCGGUGCAGAACGACAAACGCUACACCUGCGCGGAGGGCCAGCGCUGCCCCGUGAACGUCUCGCAGAGGAAGCGCUGCCCCUUCUGCCGCUUCCAGAAGUGUCUGGCGGUGGGCAUGAAGAAAGAAGCAGUGAGAGCGGACCGCAUGCGAGGCGGCAGGAACAAGUUCGGGCCUUUCUAUCGGCAGAUGAAAGAACAAAAAGUCCAUCCCCCGGCCAACGCCGCCCCCUAUAGGACUAUAGUGGAAACAACGCAAAGGCUCUGGCCCGCAGCGUCAAAUGACUGUCCGCUCAUGUGCGACCACACCAGCAACCCCCUGCCCGCGGAUGCUUUCCAUCAGUCGCACAUGUACCCCUCCGGAAUGGCACCGUCGCCUCUAGACUGCGGCACGAGCGACGACGGAGUAGUCCCUCCUCUGCCGCUUCCGCCAACAUUCCCCGGUUACCUCUCAGAAGAACUACAAACGCCUCUGAGCUACAGACAGGCUCCUUCCCGCUACCCCGUACACAGCACCCCGAGCAGCCCGUACACGUUACGAACGCCCUCCACGUCGCCGUGCUCGAGCGUCGCCCCCACCCCUCCGCCGCAAGGCCCCGCGGGCUUCCCGGCCGCCUGCGGCGAACCCUCUCCGUCCGCCUUCCUCGCUCAGCUCCUGGAAGGGGAGCAGGACGAGAGCCAGCUGUGCGCCAAGGUGGUGGCCAGUCUGCAGAGGGAGCAGGCCAACCGGGGCAAGCACGACUGCCUCAACACGUUCAGCAUCAUGUGCAAAAUGGCGGACCAGACUCUGUUUGGUCUGGUGGAGUGGGCCAGGAACAGUGCGCUCUUUAAGGAGCUCAAGGUGGAGGACCAGAUGGUUCUUCUGCAGAGUUGCUGGAGUGAGCUCCUGGUUCUGGACCACCUUUGCAGACAGGUGACCUACGGAAAAGAAGGUUGCAUAUAUCUGGUCAUGGGACAGCAGAUCGAGAUGUCAACAAUCAUCUCUCAGGCGGGACCCACACUGAGCAGUUUAGUCACCAGGACACAGGAUUUGGUGUCCAAACUGAAGGCGCUGCACUUUGACAGGCACGAGUUUGUCUGUCUCAAAUAUUUGGUGCUUUUUAACCCUGACGUGAAGUCCGUGCAGAGUCGGCGGCAAGUGGAGCACACGCAGGAGAGGGUGAACAGGGCGCUGAUGGAGCACACCCAAAGGACUCACCCGGGUCACUCGGACAAAUUCGGCCAGCUGCUGCUGCGGCUGCCCGAGGUGCGCAGCAUCAGCCUGCAGGUGGAGGAGUAUUUGUACCAGCGUCACCUGUUGGGUGACUUGCCUUGCAACUCUCUGCUCACAGAGAUGCUGCACACCAAACACAGCUGAGAUCACAAGAAGUCCAAUUAAAAUUGGGAGUUUUGCCUUUCAUGUUUACAUGGGAACCACCUCAACCUGCUGCUGUAACAUUUAAAAAUAAAAAUAAUAAAAAAGGAAAAAAACUGUAGAACGCCAACACGAAACAACAAAAGGUGACAAUGAUUUAAAAAUGAUUUUUAUUCUGGUCCUGAUACCAAGGAGAGUUGAUGAAUGAAAUAAACACGGACUGGCACAGAUUUGAUGAUGAGAAAAAAAAAGUGUUAUGACUAGAGGAGAGGGGAAGAGGGGAAAAAAAAAAAAAACUACCCAAACCGACAAAAAUACAUUAGCAGAACCUGAAAUUAAACAACUCUAAAGCAAACUAAAUAAAUAGACCCCCUGGUUGGCAAGGAUUUAAAGGGGGAGGAUUGCACAGAAUCAAAAUUAAGUUAUUGCAUAACCACAUACUACUCGAUAAACAAAUAAAUACACACAUCCAUAGUACGUGCACACAUUCUAGUUUUUUGUUCUUUUUUUUGUUUAAUUUUCCUGUCUUUACAGCCGUAUUUAAAUGUCGUUAACAUUAACACGCGUUGGAGGCAGCCGGUGAUUUUAAAUAGGCGGCAAAAGGAAGCUAUGGGUGGGGGGGGGCGACUUUACAACGGCAACUAAAUCACGAGCAAGUAUGUAGCGUAAUAGUAAAGAUUUGACCAUUUUACAUUCCCCAGUUUUACAUGGAGUCUAAAUAGACUGAGUGGCUUAGAUUUAGGGCUGCUACAGUCCGGAAUAAUCCUUCAUCAAGAAGCCUGGACAAAAAAAAAAAAAAGAAGGGAAUCAAUUUAUGGUAAUAAACAGAAUCCCUGGAGACAAAAAGUCUCUCCUCACACACACACACACAUUUGAUCCCAAACGCACAUCUAAGCAACGCUUAAGCAGCAGACUAGCUUAUUCUUACAAAAGGGAAAUAUGCAGCUUUUAUUAUUAAGGAAAUUAUUCUCCACUGUGAAAAGUGAUCAGCAUUCAAUUUGUGUCAAAUCAGCACUGGUUAGAAGAGUAAAAAAAAAAAAAAUA